AUGGGCUGUAAUCAGGGAAGAGUAUCUGAGUUUGUUUCUUAAAACCACCUCCAGUAUUUAUUAAGUAGAACUGUAGAGCCAUUAAGAUUAGAAAGACCUCUAAGUUCAUCUAGUGCAACCACCCACCCAUCCCCCCUAUGCUCACUAACCCUGUCCCUCAGUGGCACAUCUCCACCGUUCUUCAACACCCCCAGGGGUGGUGACGCCACUGCCCCGCUAGACAGCCUGUUCUAAUGGCUCACCACUCUUCCUUAGAAGAAUUUUUCCCCUUACAUCCAACCUGAAUCUCCUCAUGCACAACAUGAGGUUUUGUUUUACUUUCUUUUCUUUCUUUUGCUGCUGCUUUAGUCAAGCUCCUGCAGCUAUGCAGUAUUGUACCUAUCAAGCAUCCAAACAGUCAUGAAGUUUUGGAUUUUUCACACGGAGGAAAUUGUAAGCUAAGGAUUAACACUUUGUCGUUAUUGCUUUUUUAAUUAGUCACGCCAGUCGAUUUUUGUGGUGCGUGGGUCAAAGCCCCCAUGGAUGCUACUUAUUUAGUGAACAGACAGCCUGGAUUAAUAUGAGGAUUUCUGGAAGAAUCUGAUUGACAUUCAGGGAUUUAAUACUCAGAUUAAUCCAGUAAUUCUAAUUUUAUAAUAUGAUGUGUGUCCUUGCAUAAUUUCCUCUUUGGAAGCAAAGAACAGCAUAUAUCCCUCUUGCAAUUGCUGCAGCUGUAACAACUCCUUCAUGCUUUAAUGGCACUCAAUGUGCUUAACAGCUGUCUUGUAAAAUACACACAGAGUGUGCUCGAAAACAAGGGAUCAUAACCUGGCUGGAAACAACCCUGAAAACCUUUAUUAACCACUUCUGUAACCAACAUACCCCUCAGGAACAUGAGAUAUUUAACACUUGAUAUACUCUGGCAUGGGAAAUCCAGUAAGUAGUUGGACUUCUGCACCAAAACCCCAUAAAUGUGAAUCUGGCUUUGUAAAUGAAGUAUCAUUUGGUGGUUUUGUUUGCUUGUUUUGGUAGAUGUGGUGCAACAAUUAGUAUCAGCAGCACCAGUAAUCAUGCUUUGCAAUGCUCACAUAAUACUGUGAAGCUGACAUACUGUUGACAGUAUGCUGACAGCAUGACUGUUAACAUGAAGUGUAUUGAUUUUAAUUCUCUUGCUCUUAUCCUUUUAUUUUCAGAUUUCUAACCUGCUUACCAGUUUCUCUAGAAUGUGUUUAGGAGACUGUGGUAUUUGAGAGAGGGAUGCUGUCUCAUAAUCUGCCUGUUUGUCCUGUUCAGUAGGAAUUCAAAUGCUUAAGGAGGAAAUGUUCAAGACAAAGCACCACAGGUACAGUGUGGUACGUAAUGCAGACAGAAAUAAGCUAUUGACAAGCUGUGGGAUGAAUGGAAUAAUCUGAAGUCUUAUGCCUUCACAUUUGUUAUAGAAAUUUGACAAGGCAUGUAUAUUCUUUGCCAUUUACAAAUGGAGACCCUUGGCAUAAAGGAUUAUGAUUUGAAACUAUGCUUUGAGUAUUGAGUGUAUCUUCUGUCCUUUGUGGCUGUCCUGGUCUGUGCAGUUCUGUGUUCUGCGGUUACUUUUUAAGAACCAAACAACAAAGACAUGUGAAGGAUACUUUGACUCUUACAUCAACAGAUACAGAAUGAAAAAAAUCCACCCAGCAUCCCACAUCGCUGCUGUAAAUGCUGCUUUUUGCUGUUGUAUUCUUUUUUAUAAGUUGAAUCAGUGGUUCACCUGGAGGUGGUAUGCACUUCCCUUUGCUCUGUACCAGAAAAAAGGUGAAUUUUUAGUAUCAUUUGAGUGCUCACUUGUUUGCAAUUACAUGGUGUAUGGAAACUGUUAUAUCAGGGCUUGAACAAGUGAUUGAGCAUCUGGUGAAGGGGUGUAGCCUACCCUGGGAGCACAGGUGGAAGCAACUCACCUGUGUGAUUGGAAGUCCCUAAUCUCAUUUAAGGGCUGGCUGCCACACAGUAAGGUUCUCUAUUUGGAGAUUGCUUCCUUGGGAGUGUUUGAUGAGCCCUGAUCCUUGGAAAAGGGGCUAGUAUUAGAAAGCUGUACCAGCAGCCAGCCAGUCUCCAGUAUCAGCUAUGGCAACUCAUGUGUGAAGCUGAUGCCUUCAAACCAUUUCCUAUAGAUGAGGCAUAGCACAUGCUGUGCUAGAUAUUGACUAGCUCCUGUCACCACAGUCAGCAUGAACAGGAAGUCAAGAGUUUUGAGUAAAAGAAUCAGGUAUUUAUGAGCCGCCAUUUGUUGUACUAUUGUGGUGAACCUACCCUGGAUGUGAAGAUUGCCUUUUGUCAGGUGUGUGUUCCUUACAGGUAAAACAAGGGAUUUGGGAAACAAGUGGAUGUGUCAUACAUUGCCAAGCAUUACAACAUGAGCAAAAGCAAAGUUGACAACCAGUUCUACAGUGUGGAAGUGGGUGACUCGACCUUCACUGUUCUCAAGCGCUACCAGAACUUGAAACCAAUUGGCUCUGGGGCUCAGGGAAUAGUUUGUGCUGCAUAUGAUGCCAUCCUUGAUAGAAAUGUGGCCAUUAAGAAGCUCAGCAGACCGUUCCAGAACCAAACUCAUGCCAAGCGUGCUUACAGAGAGCUGGUCCUCAUGAAGUGUGUGAAUCACAAAAAUAUUAUCAGUUUAUUAAAUGUCUUCACGCCACAGAAAUCUCUGGAGGAGUUCCAGGAUGUUUACCUGGUGAUGGAGCUGAUGGAUGCCAACCUGUGCCAGGUGAUUCAGAUGGAGCUAGACCAUGAGCGAAUGUCCUACCUGCUGUACCAAAUGCUCUGCGGCAUCAAGCACCUGCACUCUGCAGGAAUUAUUCACAGGGAUUUAAAACCAAGUAACAUUGUGGUAAAAUCUGACUGCACGCUGAAGAUUUUGGAUUUCGGGCUGGCCAGGACCGCGGGCACCAGCUUCAUGAUGACUCCGUACGUGGUGACACGGUACUACAGAGCUCCGGAGGUCAUCCUGGGAAUGGGCUACAAGGAGAACGUGGAUAUAUGGUCUGUGGGAUGCAUUAUGGGAGAAAUGGUUCGCCACAAAAUCCUCUUUCCAGGAAGGGAUUAUAUUGACCAGUGGAAUAAAGUCAUAGAGCAGUUGGGAACGCCCUGCCCAGAGUUCAUGAAGAAGCUGCAGCCAACUGUACGAAACUACGUGGAGAACCGGCCCAAGUACGCUGGCCUCACCUUCCCCAAACUGUUUCCUGAUUCUCUCUUUCCAGCUGACUCAGAACACAACAAGCUCAAAGCCAGCCAAGCUCGGGACCUGCUGUCCAAAAUGCUGGUCAUCGAUCCAGCCAAGCGCAUAUCGGUGGACGAGGCCCUGCAGCACCCAUACAUCAAUGUCUGGUAUGACCCCGCCGAGGUGGAGGCGCCACCCCCCCAGAUCUAUGACAAGCAGCUGGACGAGCGGGAGCACACCAUUGAGGAGUGGAAAGAACUCAUCUACAAAGAAGUAAUGAAUUCUGAAGAAAAAACGAAAAAUGGCGUAGUAAAAGGACAGCCAUCUCCUUCAGGUGCAGCAGUGAACAGCAGCGAGAGCCUCCCCCCAUCCUCAUCGGCCAACGACAUCUCCUCCAUGUCCACGGAUCAGACGCUGGCGUCCGACACGGACAGCAGCCUGGAAGCGUCGGCGGGGCCACUGGGGUGCUGCAGGUGACUAGCCGCCUGCCUGCGGAACCCCGCCUUCUUCAGGGGGUGACGGUGUCCAGAGGGAAAGCAACAGAGCUAAGGGACGGAGGGAAAAAAAUGCACAGAUUGAAACGAAACAAACAAAUCUUUUCCGCCUGCUUCUCCUACAGAGCUAUGUAAUGCAGCUCAGCUCAAGUGUGUAUGUAACUCAUAGUUGCUCUGCUUCGGUCUUCUGAUGAUGCUUUCUGGGGUGGGGGAGGAAAAGGAUUCUUCAGAUCCUUUUUUUUUCCACCCUUACAAGAUGCAAAAUUAAUGGCUGCAAAACCAGCAACCCACAGCUGUCCUGUAACGCUGGCAUGACAAGGUGCGCAGUGCCACUCCACAACACACCAGUGCGGAUCUGCCCUCACUCUGCUCUGUUGUCUCCUGCUCCCUGGGGCAGGUAUGGAUAUACGGUUAGGGAUUUGCAGAGAGGGAUACACACACUUUUUUUCCCCAUGCAUGAAGAUCACACACACACGCCAGUAGAGUUCUGGCUGUGUGUGGAGCUGUGUGCCUGCAGGCACACAUCAAUCUGCACUCAUACUCAGUGCACCACGCAACUACAUGGCCCAUUUCAGGUGAGCAGCAUACAUACAGGGGUGCUGUUACCCAUGUAUAUGUCGUGUCCUUGGUCAUGGAUGAGGCUGCGCAGCUUGCGCAAUGAUUUGUGGAAGUGAAAAUAACCACACUGAGCUGUGGCUCCCUCAGAACCUUGAAGAUGUAGCACAGUGUUUUUGCUGAUAGCUGUAUAUAUACUUAAAGUCAGUUUGUGCUGGAGGAUGGUGCUGCAGAGCUUCACACAGUGUCUAUGAAUACUGGGAAGAGUUCCCAAUUUUUAGAGCAGAUACACUCAGCUAGGAGCAGGUUGAAGGAAGCACAUCAUGUGUUUUUGCAAGGCAUGGGGAGCAAGAAUGGAGAUUCUUUGUGCAUGUGUAUGCCCAGAAAGGUUUAUAUCAUGAAGCAAACUUCUUCUGUCCAUAUUCAGUGAAUUCUCUUUAUUUAUAGAGGAACUACUACUGUGAGUUCAAGAUAUAUUUGUGUGUUAGGGAACAUUAUAAGUUUGGGGAACAGACGGACCACAGUCAAAAGGACAUUUGAUGUUUAUUUUUGUAUUUUUUUUUUUGUUUUUACUGAGUUCAGCAUUGGGAUAUCUGCAGCACUCCUCAGCAUGUUUGUGACCAAGAGAUGGUUUCUCCUUUACGUCAUUCCCUUGCAGGGAUCUCCAUCACUGAGCAAAGACCACCCUUCCCUGGGUAUCUUUGGCCAUUCCUUUGCUUUUGACAAACUAUCCAGCUCCUUGGAAAUGUUACCAGCUGUGUUACAUGGAAAAGAUACACAGAGUGGGUCCACAGAAGUGAAAUGUUUUUCCAAAAGUCAACAAGAAAAACUGUUUAGAAUAUUUUACUGGAUACUUUAAAUUUACCAGUUAUAAAGUAUUCCAAAUUCUCUUCCGUUCUCCUGGAAUAUAGCUGCUCUGUUGGGUGGCUCACACACCUGCUGUUCUGCUGUAGAGCCAGAAAACAAUUGGAGUAGCAGGUCAGAUUUUCUUCAAAGGGAAAAAAACAAGAAAUGAAUCUUCUCUUCAGGGUGCUGAGGAAGGAAGAUAUAAAUGCAUAUAAAGUCAUUUCAGACCUGGUAGCAGAUCUGUGCUGUAGUAGGACAUGAUGUGGUUUGGUUUUUUUUUCCUCCAGGGAUGUUUUUGGUUGAUCUUUGGGGGAAAAAAAAAAAUACAAUUAGGUCUAUGAUUUUCUAAAAACUCAUAACAGUAACUGUGAAAGCAAUAAUUUACCACUGCUAAAAGAGUUAGCAAUAUUCUUUCUUAAGCCAUGAAGCAUCAAGUCGUUGUUCGGUGAUGUGAUGCUCACUUCAGUGCCAGUGAUCAUAAAAGUAAUCAAAGCAAACAGCAAUGCUUUGUAAGCGUGAAGGCAAUAACACCACAGUGACUUCCUAGCAAUAAUGAAAUGUCUCACCUCCAGAUUUUAAUCAUCAUACCUAUAAAUAGUACUUAGAUAACCCAGUAUCUUUUCCCCAUUCCUUAGUUUGUACCAUUCUAGUGUGUUAUUUGACCCCUCACCCCAAAGAAAUCUCUAAGAGGCAGAGCUGCAUGUAAGAGAAAGGGCAAAAAUUGAACAGAUGACAAAUGUUAGCAUGAGGAAUAUGCUGUUCAUCACCAGCCAUGUUAUGGAGAUGUGACAGAUGCGGUAGCAGAAGAGCCACUUACAGUGGACAGGUGCUUGCAGAUCUCCCAUGUUUUACAGUGAGUCCCAUAGCAUAAUUUGGUCUGGUUUGGGUUCAGGACUGCUGGGCAGCAACCUGGGAAGCACAGAAUAUAUUCUGCAGAUGAGCAAUGAAUGAGCCUAUAGCACAGAAUGUAUACUGCUGUGUUCCCAGUAACCAAUUCUUCUAACAGCAGUGCUGCACAAAUGUUUGGUGGCUACCAUAGGGAUGCCUAUCAAGUUUCACAACUAGCACGUGCUUCUGUCUUGUGUUCAGUAGUGCUCAACACAAGCGCAUGUUGAAGUGCCUUGCUGAAAUGGGCCCAUAACAAUGGCUGCCUUUGGUUUUGGCAGUAAAUGAGUUCAUCUCCUCUUUAAGAAGCUCUGUUUGCAGGAGGAGACUUAGGGCUGUCCACAUUGGACACCAGAAAAAAAAAAGCCAUUGAUAACACAAAGCAAUAGUCUCUUUUGGUCUUGGUCCUCAUGUGACCUGGCCACGCUGCAUGGUGGCUGCCACAUAGGGUGUUUCCUCUGUGUCUGUGGGUUGUUGCUGCCAACUUUAUCCUACAGGAGAGUGAGUACCCUCCAGUAUGGAUGACACUGGUGGAAUCUGUAGCUAUCCUAAGGUGCAGACAGGAUAUUCCUUACAGAUCCUGGAAUUUGGAGACCCUUCUCUUCAGGUCCUUUCCUUACUAUCCCAAAGCUCUGUGCAAUGUGACCAUAGCAGAUGUAUUUUUUUCCUCCUUCACAGUGACCUUCCAAAGCUACCUCUUCCAUUAUAUGGUCAGUACAUAUGACUUCAGGAUCAAUUUUCACCUCAUUCUCAAGUUUGCAGCUGUAGGUAAAGAGAUGUAAAGAAUUGGUAACACAGAGGUGUAAUGGCAGUUUUUUCAAAGCAUUGAGGCACUGAAACGGCCAUCAGACUCUUGGAAGAAGUGCAGCAAUGGCAGCACUUGUUUUUCAGUAAGAGUUGCUCCUGAAAAACGUCCUUCCUUCCCUUUUCUUUUUACUGAUGAGUUUAACUGAGCAUUGAUUUACUUUGAGUUGAUGGAAGGUUGCAUGUGUUUUCAGUCCAGCGGUAAAUUUUGACAUCAUUCUUCAGAUGCUCACUCGUCAGCCAGAAUAGUGUAUAAAUAUUCCAUCAGUAUGUAACGUGUCUUCAGUGAUUUCGGGUGUUUAUUUGGAUUGGUUACAGACUGAAAUAUUUGAAUGAUGCUAAUGCUGGGAACCCACCCACACUAUUCAGAUUUCCAUGGCAUGGAUACAUACAGGCAUUUGUAGCAUAUAAAGGAGAGCUCAGAUUGGAGUGCAAGUAUUAUAACUUGUAAAAAAAAAAAGAAAAAGAAGACGAAAAAAAAAAGAAAAAGAAAAAGAAAAAGAAAGAAACAUAAAGCCUGGUGAGUGCUUCCCUACAGCACUACUGUUUAUCCUCUGGCAAUGAUCAGUUCCUGCCUGAUGCUGGCUGACCUCAGGAGGUCAUGCGAGCCAAGUGGUAAUGUCACUACACCAUUCUUGUACUUUUAUAACAGAAACCAAUCACAGGUAUUUACAUUCAUUUACAUAGUUUUACUUUUAAGAUUUGGGCUAGUAAUCCUGAAGAGAUGAAAUCUGUCAGUGUGCCUUUAGGAAUUUUUUUCAAAACACUGCCACGACACUGAUAUGGACUGUGUUCUUCUUUCCCCCCAACUUAUUGGCUCACGGAAAUAUGCCAGUAGUCCAUGUUAGAAAUGCCAAAGGGAGUCAGGCUGAGCACAUUUCAUCGCUACAGAAUAGAAAUAUUUUAAUUUGAAAUAACCUUUAAAAGCCACUUAUAUGAUGAAUGUUGCAGGAUUUUAUGUUAUCAAAAUCAACAAUUCUAAUUUCAGAUGUGUUUCUUUUUAUGCUUACCAUCGUUUCAAAUUUUUGUGUGAAUUCAAGCGUACAGAAUAAUGAAAAUCUCUUUCCCCUAAAGUUUGUGAGAUGAAAACAAUGCAUUUCCCAGCAAACUCCGUGUGCUUCCAGGGAGAGCACUUUGGAAGGAAACCUGCAGGGGAGAAUCAGCCUUUCCUUUUAGUAAUCUGCAAAAAAAAAAUAAAAAUAAAAAUAAAAAAAUAA